AGACCUUUGAUAUUUUGAUGGUAUUAAACCCUUAAUAGAACCCCCAUCUUACAUCAACCCGAUCAAACAACGAAUCAACGAUGAUUAUAAUCCGCUGCCGGGGCCGGAUACCGUUAACCACAACAUCAACAAUCCUGAGAACCUUUUCGACAAUGGUGGAAGAAUCCAACGUUUCAUCUGAAAUUGUCUCGCCGCCACACAAACAAUCCGCAAACGAAAAACGGCUAUACAGACGGCUGUCGGAGCUAGGAGCCACCGGCGGCACAGUUGCACAAACAUUAAAUCAUUAUAUGAGAGAAGGUAAUUUUGUUAAGAAGAUUGAGUUAGAGAGAUGCGUUAGGGAACUCCGGCGGUAUGGCAAGUAUCAACAUGCUCUUGAGGUAAUGGAAUGGAUGGAUAAACGAGAAAUCAACUUUUCCAACACCGAUUUCGCAGUGCGUUUGGAUCUAAUAUCAAAGGUACACGGGGUGUCAGAAGCCGAAGAUUUUUUCAACAAUCUAUCUCCACAAUUACAGAACCGGAAUACAUACGGGGCUCUCUUAAACACUUACUGUAAGUUAAAAAUGGCCGAUAAAGCAUUGGCUCUUUUUAACGUAAUUGAUUCAAAAAACUUCACAACUUCAUUAGCUUACAACAAUAUAAUGACCUUAUACAUAGGAUUAGAACAGCCCGAAAAAGUUCCCCCAUUAAUAGAAGAAAUGAAAAGACGAAAAAUCUAUUUAAGCACAUUUACUUAUAACAUAUGGAUGCAAAGCUUCUCACUAUUAGGAGAUAUCGAGGGGGUAGAACGGGUAUUUGACGAAAUUGCAAGGGACGGAAAGGAAACUUGUAACUGGACUACUUACAGUAACCUUGCUGGAGCGUAUGUUAAAGCGGGUCUUGUCGAAAAAGCCGAGUCAGCUCUUAAAAUGCUCGAAAACGAGAUAAAAGAGCUAAAACACUCGUCACGUGAAGGGUACCAUUUUCUUAUAACGUUUUACUCUACACUUAACAAUCGAGAACAAGUUCAUCGCGUAUCGAGCUUACUAAAAUCUUCAUUUGAGACAACUAGUAACAUGAGUUAUCGAAUCAUACUUCAAGCUCUAUCUAAGGUGAACGAUCUUGAAGGAAUGAAGAAGUGGUUCGAAGAAUGGGAAUCAAACUGCUCGUAUUACGAUACCCGUGUGGCAAACGUUGUUAUAAGCGGUUAUCUACAACUCAACAUGGUUGAAGAAGCUGAGCUAGUCUUUCACGGAUCCGUAAAACGAUCAAGCGGCCCAUUUGUUCAAACGUUGGUAUUAUUUAUGAAACAUUAUCUUGCGAGGCAGCAGAUCGAUUUGGCUAUGAAAUGUUUGGAAACGGCUUCUGCACAAGCUGAAAUUGGUAACUGGUAUCCUCAUAGUGAGAGUAUCGAUGUGUUUCUGGAGUAUUUCGAGAAAGAGAAAGAUGUGGCGGGUGCGGAAAAGUUAUACAAGAUUCUGCAGAAGUUGAAGUGCGUUGAUGAUAAGGUGUAUAGUCACUUGUUGCAAACGUACAUUGCUGCUGGUAAAACUGAACCCGAUAUGGGCCAGAGGAUUGAAAGGGAUGGGAUUGUGGUAACAACCGAGCUCGGAAAUAUGCUUAAAAAAGUUUGUUCCGAGUAGUUUUUUACUUAAUGGGCCGGGCUUUGUGGUGGUUUGCCAACACUUCAGGCCCGAAGUUCUUCAUUCUGGGCUCCAAAUUUCAGGUUUUUUUUAAUCUUUUUCUGGACUUAUGUUUUAUUAGGUAAACUACAUGAAAUAUUGAAAUUAGUCUUUUGAUUUACACUUUUUUAUUUAGGCAUUGAUUUUCAGUUUUUACUGAGCUGUUAUUUAAAUUUCUUUACUGAGCUACCAAUUAUAUUUAUGUCUUGUUAGGAUUC